AGAGGAGGAGACAGAGCAGGAAAAAGCCGGAAGUGCAUCCAGCCCGGGUCGGUCCGGGCGUUGCGGGUUUGGGGCCUGGGAUCUCUUGGCCCCCGGCAGCUGAGAAGCCCGUGACGGCGCACAGCGGCGCCAUCCCAGCCCUGAGACCUGCUGACCGGCAGGUUCUGAGCGCCCGGCAGAGGUCGGCGGCUACCAGCAGCGACCGCGGUGCGACGGCGGGCGGCCCCGGGCAUGUAUGCCCCUGGAGGCGCAGGGCUGCCCGGCGGGCGCCGGCGGAGGAGCCCGGGAGGCAGCGCUCUGCCCAAGCAGCCGGAGCGUAGCCUGGCCUCGGCCUUGCCUGGCGCCCUGUCCAUCACGGCGCUGUGCACUGCCCUCGCCGAACCCGCUUGGUUGCACAUCCACGGAGGCACCUGUUCUCGCCAGGAGUUGGGGGUCUCAGACGUGCUAGGUUACGUUCACCCAGACCUGCUGAAAGAUUUCUGCAUGAAUCCCCAGACAGUGCUGCUCCUGAGAGUCAUUGCUGCCUUCUGCUUCCUGGGCAUCCUGUGUAGUCUCUCUGCGUUCCUUCUGGAUGUCUUUGGGCCCAAGCAUCCAGCCCUGAAGAUUACCCGUCGCUAUGCCUUUGCCCAUAUCUUAACUGUCCUGCAGUGUGCCACUGUCAUCGGCUUCUCUUACUGGGCCUCUGAACUCAUCUUGGCCCAGCAGCAGCAACAUAAGAAGUACCAUGGCUCCCAGGUCUAUGUCACUUUUGCUGUUAGCUUCUACCUGGUGGCAGGAGCUGGUGGAGCCUCGAUCCUGGCCACAGCAGCCAACCUCCUGCGCCACUACCCAACCGAGGAAGAGGAGCAGGCACUGGAGCUACUCUCUGAGAUGGAGGAGAAUGAGCCCUACCCAGCAGAGUAUGAGGUCAUCAACCAAUUCCAGCCGCCCCCGGCCUACACGCCCUAGUGCCCACCCUGGGCUUUCUUCCUUGGCAGCCCUCCCCACUCUGCAGCUCCUCUUACACCCAGAGGAGUCCCUUGCCCCAGCAGGCCGCACUGGUAGGAUCCUGACCAUCGUCUCCAAACCUUCCCAGGAGAGACUCUGCCUUUAGGGUUGUUCAUGUAUCCCUGCUCUCGAAACCUGAGGUUCAUCCAUUUUACAUAAUGCACUUUUCCCCCUCCUGCCACCUUCUAUUCCCUUCAUGUUCACCAGUCAUUACCAACCAGGGAUGUCAUACAAGUUUUCUCCCCUCAUGGGCCAUAUCUUUAGGAUUGGGACUUUCCUUGGAGAGCUGCUCAUAGAGGAUAUUCCUGGAUGGAAGAAGUAUCAACAGGGCCCAAAGGGAAGGGGACUGUGCCCUGCGGGCUCACUUCACAGGGGUCAAUGUUUGUUCCACAGCUAUAGCUCUGGGAUGACCAUCCCACCCCUGGCCCUCGUUCCUUCUCGGAGUGCUCUAAUACCAGGCUGCCCACUCCGUGGAGUUCUCUGCACUUUAGUCUUUGGACUUCUCCUCAUGUGUGUUCUGGUUUUGUGGGGAGAAGGAUUUGGUGUGGGGAAAGCAGAACAGUUGCUUUCCCUGCCCUGCCCUUGCUUCAUGUGGCUGGAGCCCAGGCCAGGGGAGCAAAAGCUGGCAUGAGACUGAGGCCUCCUGGUGCCUGUCAAGGAUCAGAGUGAAGGGGACUAGAUAUCCCCAGCCCCUUCACCUUUUAAAUGUGAGUUGUCUUAAAAGGAAAAA